AUGAGCGGAACAGAGCAUGCCGUGUCGCAGGUGGUUUGUCAGGUGCCGGCAGGGCGGCGCGUGUUCAUGGUGGAGUAUCCGGGAUUCGUGCGCGACGAUCGGCGCGCUCUGCGGACCAUGGGCGGCGAAGAGACCAUAGCGCAGCGACACCUGCGGGGUGCUGCUGCGGAUUGCGCGGCGCAGGGCGCGGGGGAAGAAGGGGAGAGAGGGGGGAAGAAGAGGGGGAAGAAGAGGGAGAGAGAGGAAGAGGAGGUGGGAGAUGGGGCGGAGAAUGAAGGGAGCAAGGGAAGCAGGGAGGGGAAGGACGAGGAGUGCGGUGGAGGGAAGGUGGAGGGUACGGGCAGUGAGGAUAAGAAGGAGGGAGUGGAAGAAGAGGAGGCGGAGGAGGAAGAGAAAGAGGAGAAGGGAGGGAAGGGAGAGGAGGAAGGAGGUGAGGAAGAGGAAGACGAGGAGGAGCAGGAGGUUGACAUUUCAGUGGUGGCACGGAUCGAAGAGACGUACCGGUUCGAUUCCCUGCCAGACUUUCAGUGGGUGCCAUUGCUGCAUGCCUCCCCCACACGGCACCAAGUUUCCUCCUCCCUUCCCCUUUGUUCAGCAAUUCCCCCUCCUUCCCCUUGUCCUCCCCCCCAUCCCCUCCCACCCCCUCCGUUCCCCCAUUCCCUCAGCCCUGGCGGACUUUCAGUGGGUGGCAUCACUGCACGCCCUGCACACGGCACCACGCCUCAGACGUCUCAUAAAGUGCCGCAUGCAGUCCAUCCUCCCUGUUUCCCUCUCCGCUCCCCGCCGGUCUCCUCCCUCUUCUUCCCCUCCAGGGCGCUGCUGCGCUUUGCUUACUACUUCUGCAACGGGCCCUUCCGCAUGCAGUGGAUUCGCAACGGCUACGACCCGCGCACCAACCCAGACAAUCGCAAAUACCAGAUGUUGGACUUCCGAGUACCGGCCUCAUGGGGUCUGCGCAUCACGCCAGCCAUGGCGCGCACCACCACAUGGCCCGACAUCUGUGCGCUGCGCUCCCUGCCCAACCGCCGCACGCUCUUCCUCACGCUCUGCGACCUCUCGCUGCCGCUCGUGCAAGAGACACUCGCCGCACCGCCCGAGAGGCAAACGUGUGAUCCAACCUCGGGCUUCUUCCACAAGCAGACUCUAGCCCGCAUGCGCGAUGCUGUCCGCCUUGCUUUCUACCGCCUGCUGCCCAACCGCCACGAGCUCUCGCUCUUCUACCCGCGCGUGCGCAACACACGCGGCUACUCCGUGCGCAAGCCCGUCAAGCUGGCUCCCGGAGAGCUUAGCCUGCCCGAAGCAGACGCGUACCUGACCGGGGAGAAAAAAGGGAGUGUUUGGCGGAAGCCGGAGAUUGGGGGGGAGAGCUCGGGGAGAGAGGAAGGAGGAGGGGAAAGGGAAGGUGAGGAGGAGAAGGAAGAGGGAAGGGGAGCAGGAGAGGGGUCAGGUGAAGGAGAGGAUGCAGGAGAUAGUGGUAGGCAUGGUGGUGUGGGAUGGGGGCCGCCUGGAGGGGACAGCGUGGGGAGGAAAACCUUUGGAGAGGGGGAUGUAGAAAGGGGAACGGAGAGGGAGAAUCGAGGGGAUGGGGAAGGAGGGAGCGAGGGUGUGGCAGAGGUGGGACGGGAUGGGGAUAUGGAUGGGUGGAUGGAGCGAGAGGAGGAGAUGCAAGGGGAGGAUACAGAAGGGGGUCCGCUUUUGGCAAUGUAUGGAGGGGAUGUGGGAGAGGAGGAUAGGGGGGAGGAGGUUAGGGGGGAGGAGGGAGAGGAGGGCAGGGAGGACGGUAGAGAGGAGGAUAGGGAGGAAGAUGGAGAGGAGGGUAGAGGGGGAGAUGAAAGGGGAGAUUCGUUGAUGGAUGAUCGGGAAGGAGGCGGUGCUAUUGCAGGGGAAGAUGUAUGGGCUAUGUGUGAGGAGGAAGGAGAGGAUGGAGAGGGAGGAGGGAGAGACGGUGGGGAAGGUGAGGAAGGAGAGGAAAGAGGGGAGGAGGAGGAAGAGGAGGAUGAGAUGGUGAUGGGGGAAGAAGAGGGGGGUGGGGAGUACAGCAGAGGGCAAGCAGAGGAGACCAUGCAAACAGAGGAGAGAGUCGUUCAUAUCUGGGUGGGGAGCAGAGCAGCAGGCAUGGGGCAGCAGCACGACUACCAGUACAAGCACUUUAAAGCCACGGUGCCGGAGCGCCAGAUCUCCGUCGGCGUCGGGAACCAGCUGCGCUGGCGCUACUACGACUUCGGCCCCAAGGCGAUUCCGCCGCUGCUGUGUCUGGGCGGCGUGGCGGCGACCGCGGACGCCUUCCACAAGCAGGUGCUCGCGCUCGCCGCCAAGGGCUUCCGCGUGAUCGCCGCGGACCCCCCGCCCGUGUGGUCGCACCAGCAGUGGAUUAAAGCCGUCGACCAGUUUCUGGACGCGCUCCGGGUGCACCAGGUGCAUCUAUACGGCACGUCCCUGGGCGGCUUUCUCUUCCAGCUGUACGCGCAGCAGCGCCCGCGCCGGGUGCUGUCGCUCGUGCUCUCCAACUCGUUCUUUGACACGCACUUCUUCAACGUCGCAUUUGGCUCCUGGUCCUCCAUGUUCCCCUACGCGCCAGACUUCGUUCUAAAGCGCCUAGUGCUGUCAGGCCUGAGGGACGGCCCGCACGAGCCGCUGAUAGCGGACUCAAUCGACUUUGUGGUCUCUCGCCUGGACUCUCUCUCUCGCUCCGAGCUCGCCUCGCGCCUCACGCUCAACACACUGCCCGCCGUGCUGCCCCCGCUGCAGCAGAUGCCCGAGCAGAACAUGACUCUCAUGGACUGCAACGACUUUGCUGCUGUCGCCUGGCAACUGCGGGACGCGCUGUACACGCGCUACCCCAACGCGACGCGCGCGUUCCUCAAGAGCGGGGGCGACUUCCCCUUUCUCUCGCGAGCCGAUGAGGUCAACCUGCACCUCUUCCUGCACCUGCGCCGAGUGGACGCUGAGAGAGAGCCAGGCCACACAGACAUUCUCGCCCCUACCGUCCCUGUGGUACCAGCAUGGGCGCAGGAUUGGGAGGGGGCGGCUUAG